CCGGUGUUGGAUAUGUUGCCUCGACCUGGAGCCGGUGGGCCUCUUCCUACCAUCAGCGUUACGCCGCAUUCACCUGCCAACAAGACAUAUCCGGUGCUAGAGGACAGCUUGCAACAAGUUCGAGAACUCCACGAGAGUGUACAGCAUAUGCGCAAUGUCUCCGUACAAAGUAAACAUGCUUACGGUCCGAAUUCCAGAGACUUUGCUGCAUUUGCGCUCAAUCCAUUUCUGGCUCAAGUUGCUCGACUAAGUGCAAGUUGUCCUGCUCUAAACGAAGCCAUUCCGGAUGUUGAUAUAAUCGGCGGCUCGCUGGGAUCUUCUCCUUUACAUCAACCACCGAGUAGGAAGGGAAGCGGCGCUCAAGAUUGGCUAUGUCAACCUGAACCUCAGAGAAGACGAUCAUGGACAGCACUGGAAGACCUGACUGGGAACAAAGACAAAGUCAAGCAAACUCGCCAAAGAAGUAUAUCUUUGAGCAGUAUGGAGUCAGAGGCCGACGAAUCAUCUUUAAUAGACAACGUAGAUGGCAGUACAGUUAGAUUAUUAGGCCCUGAAGCUCCCGUUGUUAUCAGACAUCGUGGAUCGAGAAGUACAAAUGGAGGAGCCAGUACUCAUUCUCUUAAUGAAGCGGAUCUUCAGAACGAUUUUAAUAAGCUCAAAGCAAAGCGUGAAGCUGAACAGCGCCUGCUACCAGCCAGACUUCCAUUACAAAAAUCCAUUUCCACACCAUCUAUCCAUAGCAGUUCGUGAUCUAGCACCAGAGCCUACUUUAGCUGGAGCUCAACCUACGUUACCUAUGGGCCGACCCAGCGGGACUGAGAGCGAGACGGAAGAAGAAGUUAGCCGAUCAGGA